GGUGGCCUGAGCGAGGCGGAGGGGACCAGAGAAAUGAUCGGCCCGCGGUGACCGGGAGGAGCGGCCCGUCUAUUUCGCCAGGCCGGAGAGAGCAUGUCUUUCCGAGGCGGAGGUCGCGGAGGCUUUAAUCGCGGUGGUGGAGGCGGAGGUUUCAACCGUGGCGGCGGCAGCAACAACCACUUCCGAGGCGGCGGAGGAGGCGGCGGUGGUUUCAGGGGCGGCGGCCGAGGAGGAUUUGGACGAGGGGGCGGUCGUGGAGGCUUUAAUAAAUUUCAAGAUCAAGGGCCUCCAGAACGUGUCGUCUUGUUAGGAGAGUUCAUGCAUCCCUGUGAAGAUGACAUCGUUUGUAAAUGUACCACAGACGAAAACAAGGUGCCUUACUUCAAUGCUCCUGUUUAUUUAGAAAACAAAGAACAAAUCGGGAAAGUGGAUGAGAUAUUUGGACAACUUAGAGAUUUUUAUUUUUCAGUUAAAUUGUCAGAAAACAUGAAGGCAUCUUCCUUUAAAAAGCUACAGAAGUUCUAUAUAGACCCAUACAAGCUGUUGCCGCUGCAGAGGUUUCUGCCUCGUCCUCCUGGUGAGAAAGGACCUCCCAGAGGUGGCGGUGGUGGUGGCAGGGGAGGUCGAGGAGGAGGAAGAGGAGGCGGUGGCCGAGGUGGUGGAAGAGGUGAUAUGUUCUGA